AUGUUUAGAUGGGAUACCUUAGAAGCAUACUCAGCAGAAUGGAAGGAACUAUCGGAGAAAAUAUUCAAAAUAAUGGCGAAAUCAUUAGGAAUGAAAGGAGAAGAUUUGAAUGAAGUUUUUGAUGGAGGAGAGCAAGCAAUGAGCAUGUAUUACAAUCCUAAGUGUCCUCAAGAAGGUGUUGUUAUGGGGCUAAACCCCCACACUGAUCUUGCUGGCUUGACCAUACUUUCUCAACAAAAUGAAGUGGAAGGUCUACAUAUCAAGAAAGAUGGUGCUUGGAUCUCUAUUACACCUUUGCCAAAGGCCAUUGUUAUCAACGUUGGAGACAUGCUAGAGAUAGUGACGAAUGAAAUUUAUAAAGGUGUUGAACAUCGAUCAGUUCUCAAUCCAAACAAGGAAAGAUUACCCAUCGCUACAUUUUUUAAACCAAAAAGGGACUAUCAUUUAACUCCAGCACGGAGACUUGUCACUCCUCGAAAUCCUGUAAAAUUCAAGCAAAUUGGUAUUGUUGCUGAAUACUUCAUUAAAUUCUAA